AUGGAACUGAACAAACUGAAGCCAUCGCCAUCUGGCUCUGACACGGCUUCCAAGCAGCAGCAGCAACAAGCACUGCCUCCACUCAAAAAACAUCUGGCUUGCAGCAAACCAAUCUUGAGUGCCACUUCCAACUUGACUAGUUUUAUUGAUUCUGUCUUUCAUGGGCUCAACCAGGUGGUGGUGGGUAAAAGGCCCAUUGAGUACAUUUUACAGCAUUAUGAUACCUUCCAAGACACCAUUCCAAAUGGAAAUUGGAUUGAGUUUGGAGUCUACACAGGAAGUACACUCAGAAGAGCAUAUGCAGAGCUAAAAGCUUCCAAGAAUUUCAAUGGCAAGCUAUUUGGUUUUGAUUCCUUUGAAGGGCUUCCUUCCAAUUGGAGAGGGGAAUAUCAGGAAGGGGUCUUCAAAACUGACUAUGAACAUGUUCGAGCCAACAUGCCUGCAGAAGUUGGCUUGUACAAGGGAUGGUUUCAAGAUACAAUUCCCACUUAUAUCCAACAACAUCACCCCCAGCAGCAGCCACUGGCAUUUGUACAUCAUGAUGGUGAUUUAUUUAUCAGUACAACCAUUACCUUUCAAUUGCUGGGGAGGCUGAUACAACCAGGAACAUUGAUGUGUUUUGAUGAAAUUGUGGGGUACCCUGGAUUUGAAAAGCAUGAGAUUCUGGCAUUGUACCUCUGGAUGCACCAGUAUCAUGCCAAGUUAUGCCCACUGGCAUUUCUACAUGCAUAUACAAAAGAGGCCCAAUCAGGAGAACCAGAAAAUGGUGGUGCUGCCCAGAAUGCUUGCUAUCAAGUGUUGGAAAUGGACUAG